AUGUCCGACUUUUUCUACAACCCACCCGAGGGUCUGCCCUUCCGUCUAUUCGGCUACGCCAGGCAGCACGUUCUCGCUCUCCGCACUCAAUAUAACGCAGAGGCCACACAUAGUCCGAGCGAAGAAGUGCAGCCUGACCAGUUGGUCACCGUCGUUCACGACAAGGAUUCGCGCCGCGGCAAAUACGCCAUCAAGAGCAAGGACUCGAGCAAGUUCAUACAAUGCAACGCGUCGGGAUACCCGAGCUUGGGGUCGACCGAUUGGGACUGUCAGAGCGAAAUGGAUGGCAUCUGGUUUGAACUUGAGUUAGACAAGGGUGACUUCGAAGGGAAAUUCCGAUUUGCCAACAAGUCCACGGACACCGUCGUCUUCAGCCGCACGCAGCAUCACCCACAAGUGGACGAUAUCAACCCGAUCCCGCAACCGUCCUCGGACCAGCAUUUGACCCUCCUCUUCGACGCUCCUGAAUCCGUACACGUCGUGUAUGACCUCAAAGCCGGCAAAACAAUCGACGAAGCGCCAGUGAUCUUCGACACGCGCACAAUCGUGAACAAGGCUCCGGUUAACCUCUCUGGCGAUACCCUGUUCAAAGCCGGCAUCCCCGCGAUCGUUUUGGGCAAAUCCCAGAAUGAUGUCUCGUACAAUGGUGUCUGGACGUACGACUCUUCGAAUACUAUGAGGCGCGACCUUCCCUGCGGCGAAGGCGCGUCCUGGAAAGAAGGUUACAAGCUCGAUCUUAAGACGAAGGGUGUCUGGCGCGGACCUCCUACCUGGGAUUUGCGUCACGUCUUCAAGACUGUCUUCGAGUAA